AUGACGUCAUUUGGAGCCGAAGUUGUUGAACAACCAGGAUACAACCCGAAUUAUAAGGUAAAGGCGAUAAAUUCACCAUCGAGCAGGCGCUUGUUACCACAACCAAACGAAGAUCAUAAGUUCCUUCAGAUAUAUUUCGUUGGUAAUUCGGAAAAUGAACUAGAACAGCGGUGUGCAAUUUUUCCUGGAGAAGAAAUGAAUACAAAUGUCAGCUCAAUGAAUUUUUAUGCAUAUCGAUUGAUGAUUCGACAAGAUGUUGACAAUCAUCUAUUGAGAUAUCGCCGGUUGUUUCAACAGUACUGCGUCGACAUGUACGUCAAGGUCGAAACGGAGCGUCUCAAUUUCAUUCGCUUCAAUCAGUCAAAGUUACGAUCAGACGAGUACAUCCACUUGCGUGAUGCUAUCGCUACCGAAGGAGACGCGGCCAACAUUGGUCGUUUGACUAUUCUCCCAGCUACUCAUAUUGGAAGCCCGUGCCACAUGCGUGAAUAUGCUCAAAUGCGAUGUCGACAAACACCAAGUGAUCGACAUGACAUCACUGCACGAGUAUUCAAACAAAAGAUCGUAGUACUAAUGAAUUACAUCGUUAAGCAGAAGGUCUUUGGCGCAAUCCGUUGUUGGAUGUACUCGGUUGAAUGGCAGAAGCGUGGUUUACCACAUGCGCACAUUCUGUUUUCGUUGUUUGAUAAGGUCCGACCAAAUCAUAUUGAUUCGAUCAUUUCUGCCGAAACACCAGAUCCAGAGACAGAUCCUGAGCUGCAUUCUGUUGUGACAACGAACAUGACACAUGGCCCUUGCGGAGCUAAAAAUCCUGGGUCACCGUGCAUGCAAAACGGAAACUGCACAAAGCGUUUUCCGCGUCAGUUUGUGGCUGAUACAAUCAGUGUAAUCGACGGAUAUCCAUUGUAUCGGCGUCGUUCUCCAGAUGACAACGGCAGAUCAAUCAUAAUGAAAGUCAAAGGAAAAGAUGUCGUCGUCGAUAAUCGCUGGAUCGUUCCAUAUUGUCCACUUUUGUCGAAAACGUUCUCAACUCACUGCAAUGUUGAGUAUUGCAACUCCAUAAAAUCUAUCAAAUAUGUUUGCAAAUAUGUGAACAAAGGGAGUGAUAUGGCUGUGUUUGGCAUUGCUGAUCCAAAUGCAAACGAUGAGGUGAUGAAAUUUCAACUUGGACGUUACGUGAGUUGUAAUGAGGCAAUUUGGCGGCUGUUUUCAUUUACAAUUCAUGAACGUCACCCGACUGUUGUAAAUUUGGCAGUUCACCUAGAGAACGGCCAGUGUGUAUACUUUACGGAAGCGAACGCAGCGCAAAGAGCAGAACGACCACCAGCGACACCAUUGACAAAUUUUUUCUCGACAUGCGAAAGCGAUCCUUUCACGAGGACUUUACUAUAUUCGGAAAUGCCACGCUAUUAUACAUGGAAUGCUGCAUCAAAGAAGUUUCAACGCAGAAAGAAAGGUGAUGCUGUUGCUGGCUUCGCUGAUGUCUAUUCGUCUGAUGCCCUCGGACGAAUAUACACAGUUCAUCCACGCCAAGACGAAUGCUUCUAUCUUCGCUUACUUUUGGUGAACGUUAAGGUCCCGACAUCCUUCAAUUCCCUGCGUACUGUGGAUGGUGUACUGUGCGCCACUUUUCGGGAAGCUUGCCAAUGCUUCAAUUUGCUCGAAAACGAUUCACAUUGGGACUUAACACUCGCCGAUGCAACCGUUUCUGCGCAAGCAAAUCAAAUUCGUACGUUGUUUGCGAUCAUCAUAGCCACAUGUCAUCCAUCAAACCCGAAUGCAUUGUGGGAGAAAUACAAGGACGAGAUGGUUGAUGACAUUUUGCACAGAGUUCAAACGACAAAUUUUAAUUUUGAUCUUGAAAGUAACGACGAGAUGCGCAACGAAGCAUUAGUUCUGAUCGAAGACAUGUGCGCGCUCAUGUGCGGCAGUCUGUUGUCAACAUUGGGAAUGCCAGCGCCAAAUCGUUCGACGCACGCUGCAUUCAAUUUUGAAUUACAGCGGGAGAAAAACUAUGACCGAGAUGAGCAGGCUGAAAGAGUCAGAAAAAAUGUGCCGCUGUUGAAUGCCGAGCAGAAGAAUGUAUACGAUUCGCUGAUGAAGGUUGUUGAUGAUGGAACGGGAGGCAUUUACUUUCUCGAUACUCCUGGAGCGACAGGAAAAACGUUUGUCAUUGCGUUGAUUCUGGCAACAAUUCGGUCAAGAUCUCAAAUUGCGUUGGCUGUCGCAUCCUCUGGCAUUGCUGUCACAUUGUUGGAAGGCGGUCGAACUGCAAAUUCCGCUUUGAAGCUGCCAAUGAAUCUUCUCACGGUUGACAAGCCUACUUGCUCAACGGCCAAGAAUUCAGCGACAGCGAAAUUGAUGCGAGAAUGA